UAUUUAGAAAGUUCACUGCUCAUUUGAGUGCAUAAAUUGUUUUGUAAGUGGUAGAUCUAUUGUCAGUAGUGGCUAGUAGAAUCAUGUUUGUUGUGGCUGACGGGAUCUAAUAAACUGUCUAAAACAUCGUUCUGAUUGAGAUGAUAUGUGAGAUCUUAAACUACCAGUGAUUCUGACUUCUAUCCACAUUUUAGUUGCAAAAAUUGAGGGCCUUUUAAUAUUAUUUAUUAAAGUGCUAUUGUGAUUCUAUACUGUUGCAUAUCCCAGUAAUGGAAUAGAAUUAGAGAGGCCAACAGAGGAAGAACAAGCAGUGCUUAGGGAGGCUGAAUUUUGUGGAAGGUGAAGAAAUGGUAUGAUAAAUGGAGUCCAGCAUGUGCACAUAUGCAAAUGGAGAAUUUUUUGGGUGAGUUGCGAAUGGAUAAUGCUGUUUGUCUGCAUUAUGGAGAGCAGAGAGGUGACGAUAAGGGGAAAAAAAUGCUCUUGUUUUCGAAAAACUGUAGAGGAAAAGUGCGAGAACUAAAUUGAAGUUAAUGAUGUCUUUGAAUUAGUAGCUUGAUGGGAUAUUUGUAUUAUAUGAUGGGUGGUUUCCUACUGGUAAGAGGGCUACAUAGUAAAUGUGUCAACCAUGCACGAUAAUGUAUGGAGUUGGACUAAUAAAGUUUCGACAAUUGGCUAAUUUGGUUUGGAAGAAGAGUUUGCUAAUCUCAACUUUUGAGCAUCCUGUGGUGUGUCCUGUCUGUUACAGCCAGUUUGAGCCUUUGAGUGAAAGUUUGGAAGCUCUUACGCACAGGGUACUAAAAGGACUGAUUCUUACAUUUGCUGAAGGGUCCCAACUUUUUCCGUGGGAGGGGAUUGCCGUUAUUGAAUUCUUGAACACCAACUAGCGCUAUUCAACAACUGCACAGUUCUUGAUGCUACUAGCAAUGAGCCCUGGGGUCCUCAUGGAUCGCUUCUUGCAGAUAUUGCAAUGGCUACACGAAACUAUCAUGAAUAUCAGAUGAUCAUGGCAGUAAUCUGGAAACGUAUAAAUGACACUGGAAAGAAUUGGCGACAUGUCUACAAGGCUCUGACUGUUUUGGAGUAUCUUGUUGCCCAUGGAUCGGAGCGUGUCAUAGAUGACAUAAGAGAACAUGCUUAUCAAAUAUCGACUUUGUCUGAUUUUCAAUAUAUUGACUCCAGUGGAAGGGACCAGGGUAACAAUGUCCGAAAGAAAUCUCAGAGCCUAGUGGUCUUAGUAAAUGAUAAAGAAAGAAUAAUCGAAGUAAGACAAAAGGCUGCAGCUAACAGGGACAAGUUUCGAAACACAUCAACGGGUGGAAUGUAUAGGCCAGGUUCAGGGGGAUACGGUGACAGAUAUGAUUAUGAUCGUUAUGGAAGCAGGGAAGAUGAUCAAAAUGGUUAUGGAAGAGACAGGGAAUAUGGCUAUAGAGAUGAUGAUCGGUAUGGCAGAUAUGGGGAUUCAAACAGUCGUGAUGGGGACCGUUAUGGCCGGGAUUAUGAAGACCGCUAUAGCAGAGAUGGUUAUAGGGAUGAUGACUACAGAGGUAGAAGUAGAAGCGUUGAUGAUUAUCAGUAUGGCACAAGAAGCAGGAGCUCUGAUAGAGACCGUGCUGUUGAUGACGAUGGUGCAUCAUCUCGGGGCAGCGGAGCUAGAGGUGAUGAACAUUCUCAGGAUGGAAGGCGGCUUGAGCGGAGGUUUUCUGAACAAAAUAUUGGUGCUCCUCCUAAUUAUGAAGAAGCAGUUAGUGAAUCUCGGAGUCCUGUUCAUAGUGAAAGGGAUGGAGAAACUUCAGUAGCAGCUGCUCCUAGAGCUUCAUCUCCUCCUGCUAGCAACAAUCCUAACCAAGCAGCCUCUGAUUUUGGUAAUUCAAUGUCUCCUGCAAAUCAAGUGGUGGAGGCUUUUGAUGAAUUUGAUCCACGUGGGUCAGUGUCAGCUGCCCCUACUACUGCUCCUGCUGCUACAGCCACUCCUGCUACUGCUGUUCCCACUGCCACGAUGAGUGCUGAAAUAGACUUACUCGGCGUGCUUUCAGAUUCAUUGGCCAUUGUGCCAACUACACCUGCCACCCCUUCUGGUGAGGCUGAUGCCCUUGAAAACUCUGGUGCUAUACCCAACUUUGCUGCUAAUCAAUCGGCAUCUAACUUUGAAAAUCAGGGCUUUGAUGAUCCAUUUGGUGAUGGUCCUUUUAAAGCUUUCCCUUCAACUGAUGCUACCCCAGCUCUGCAACAAACUUCAACUGCCAUGCCUACCUUCCAGCCUACCAUGAACCAAAACGCAGAAAUUCCUCAGCCACCUUCUGUGAAUCCUGAGACAGUUGCAGACUUCAACUUUGGGGAUUCAUUUUCUGCCAAUGCUUACUCUCCACCCACUGUCUCCAGUGCUCAAUCUCCAGCAAACUCCCAGUUUUUGCCUCAAGAACUGUCAACUCCAAAUCAGGAAAGUGAUAUAUUGGCAGAUAUCCUUCCACCGUCUGAACAUGCAGAUGGUGUAGCGGCACAGGCAGCCUUUUCAGCACCAACUAGCCACUCAGUUCCACCAGUUGCUACAUAUGGCCAAUCAACACAGCCAGGUGCUAAUAUCUAUGGUCAGCAGGCACAAUCAGGUGCUAAUAUCUACAGCCAAUCCGGACAGCCAAGUGCUAAUCCUUAUGUUCAACCCGGACAGCCAAGUGCUAAUCCUUAUGGCCAACAGGCACAGCCAAGCGCUAAUCCAUAUGGCCAAUCUGUGCAGCCAAGCGUUAAUCCAUAUGGCCAAUCUGCACAGCCAAGCGCUAAUCCAUAUGGCCAACCUUCACAACCAAGUGCUAAUCCUUAUGGCCAACCCACACAACCAAGUUCAAAUAAUACAUAUGGUAAUUUUAACCAACAGACAGUGUCUAUGCCCCCUCAAAGUGCAGGAUCUGCUGCACUGAGCAGGAAUGGGAGCUUAAUCUCUCAGACAGGUUCUAACAUUCCUGUCAGUUCACACAUGGCUGCCCAACCUCAAAACCCUGCUGGACCGGCUGCACAGUUUAACACUGGAAAUUUCCUUUCACAGCAGGGUUCAGUCGUGCCAGUUACUUCACAGAUUACUCAACAAGCCACAAAUGCACCAGUUGCACAAAGUAACAAUGAUGUCCUAGGUGGCUUAUUCUCACAACCAGGAAUAAACACUUCAAUGGUACCACAGACUGGUAGUCCCUCUUCAACAGGAGCACUUUCUAUAGUUCCACAACCAUCAAAGGACAAAUUUGAGCCUAAGUCAGCGGUUUGGGCUGAUACAUUGAGUAGAGGACUGGUCAAUUUGAAUAUAUCUGGACCUAAAAUAAACCCAUUGGCUGAUAUUGGAAUUGACUUUGAUGCUAUCAAUCGGAAGGAAAGGAGGAUGGAAAAGCCUGCUCCGACUGCAGUGACAUCUACUGUCACCAUGGGUAAAGCUAUGGGAUCGGGGUCUGGGAUUGGUCGUGCUGGUGCUAGCGCUCUCAGACCUCCACCAAAUCCUAUGAUGGGUUCUGGCAUGGGCAUGGGCAUGGGUAUGGGCAUGGGGAUGGGAAUGGGAAUGAGCGGCGGUCCUGUUGGUGGCAUGGGUGUAGGAGGUUAUGGUGGUAUGAAUCAACAACCUAUGGGCAUGGGAAUGGGGAUGAACAACAUGGGCAUGAAUCCAGGCAUGGGGAUGAAUAUGGGAAUGGGGCAAGGGGUCCAAAUGCAACCCCAAACUGGAAUGCCUGGCAGUUAUAACCCUGUGAUGGGUUCAGGGGGCUAUUCUCAACAGCCAUAUGGUGGUGGUUACCGAUGAGAUUGGGGUGCCUCCCCAUACAAAUGAGGGAAGUUAUUAUAUGCUUCGGAUAUACAGAGUAAAAGAGAUUGGAAUAGCAAACCCGGUGUCCCUGUCGAAUCCAUGAGUCAACGAUGUAAUUUUGUAGUCACAAUUCUCUUGGCAGUGGCCUGAUGCCAGCCCAUGUUUAUUCAUUUCUAUUAUUUCUCAUUCUUGCUUAAGCUAUUGCACACAUUUGGGGCCACGGGAGUCUUUUGCUUCAUUGCUGGUUUGAGCUGUUGUGAAAUUGUGUAGCAGAGAGGACGACCUUUCACAGGUUGCCAUUUUCUCAUUCUUCCAUAGAAUAUAUACAUAUUUUUUGCACCUGUUUGAGUAUUUGUAGUAUGUCUGGCUACACUAUGAAACAAUAAAUCUAAUCAUUCAUUUUUUUUCCCCAUCA